AUCUAAAGCAAGCAACAACAUAAAAUAAAGCUUGCUUUACACCUACUAUAUAAUCUCCGAUUUUUCCUCUCCUUCUCUUCCUCCACUACCGCAGAAUACAUUUAUCUCUCUUUCUCAAUUCAUAUUAACCGAAAAAAUAAUAAUGUAAAAAGGUGCAUAAACGGCUAUAUUUUGACUAUUGUUGCGAAACCCUGAAUGCCCCCCUCAAUUGGUGGGGCCCCCAAAAUUUUCAUCUUCUUUCAUUGUUGAAUAAUUGGGACAGUUUUAGGUUCAAUCCAAUUGAUCAAAAUCACAAGCGGUUUUUGAUUCGGGUUUGUGAUGACUUACAAUGCCGGCCAUGGCGAUCUUAGGCUGGAGGUAGAUUACGUGAAAUUGGAGGUUGGCGGGGGCGGUGGUGCCGAUGGUGGGGCCCAGUGCCUGAAGGAGGAGGUGUCGCCUUCCUGCGGCGUUGGAGGCGCCGGAGGCGAAUGGUGGUGGUUGUUGUGGUGGUGGGCGAAGCUGCUACUGGUGGCUUUGUUUAUUGGGGUGUUGCUUGCGGUUUUCUUAAAAUGGAUCGGACCCUUCGUCAUGGAGAAGGAGAUCAUCCCCUUAAUUAAUUGGGAGAGAGAAUCGUUCAGCACAAAGCAGCUAGUACUUUUAAUAUUUGGUUCUCUGACAAUAUUUCCAUCUAUCCUUUUACCUUCUUCACCGUCUAUGUGGCUUGCUGGGAUGACUUUCGGAUAUGGUUAUGGAUUUUUGCUGGUCGUUGGAGGAGUCAUAUUUGGUGUCUCUCUUCCGUAUUUCAUUGGCUCACUCUUUUACCACAAAAUCCAAGUGUGGUUAGAGAGAUAUCCUAAGCGAGCUUCUGUGAUAAGAUUGGCUGGCGAGGGAAGUCUGUUUAAUCAGUUCCGAGCUGUCGCACUCAUUAGGAUUUCUCCUUUCCCUUACAUCAUAUAUAACUAUUGUGCCGUAGCUACAGAUGUGAAGUUUGGUCCUUACUUGUUAGGGACACUUGUGGGGAUGGUGCCAGAAAUAUUUCUUACACUUUACACUGGAAUCAUCAUACAAACUCUAGCCGAUGCUACAGAUGAUCGACAAACUAUGUCGGGUUCUCAGAUCUUGUUCAACAUUGCUGGCUUUUGCAUUACAGCGGCAGCAACCGUUCUCGUUACAUUGUAUGCAAAAAGACGACUGAAGGAACUGCAGAUGGAAGAGGUGCUAGUCUUGCAGUAAUACGCUAUAUUACAUGUGGCUAGAUUAUUGCUUUCUAUUGCAAUUAUACACCACCCGUAGUGUAUACACAAACUGGUUUCGUCGUCUGGUGAGUUUAUAAGUUGGCUGCUCAUUCUUUUGAGACCCACUUAUCGGCCGGGAGGGGAAAAGGGAGUUGGGCAUCACAACUGAUGAUACGCUUCUUGCUUCCUUCCUUACCCUCCUCAUCAUGAUCUGUAUAUAGUCCCAAUAUCGGCUACUAAAGGUUAUCUUACAAGAAGCCAUCCAAGCUCUAUUACCUUGGCUUCACUUAAUAAGUUAUGUGACUUAUGUCAAACGACUCAGCAGUGUUAUGAAUGCGUACAUGUAAAUCUAUGCCUUAAUUUGUUGUUUAGAAUGUUUGUAGUAAGAUGUAGUGCAUUGUGUGUAUAAUUUCUUUUUUUAUUUUUUCUGAGAAAGGGAUGAUAUAUUGUGCAA